AUGGCACCUCCAGCUGCAAUCGAGGUUUUGGGUGACUCGGAUACCACCGGAAUUACCAUUCCCGAUCCUCUUGCGGUACCGAUUCGCACCAAUGAUAUCCUGGGACGUCGAAGGAAGACGGAGAGUCGUCAAUGGGGAACUGCAGCUCCAUGCGAUACAGCAAGCUUCAGGUUGAAAAGUUAUGCGGGUAAACCAAAGGCCAAAAGAUGGGACCACAUUCUCACCGAAGAAGCAAAAUCACGCAAGGGAAGCUCGCUCAAAGGAGCCGCCAAAUACCUGUCCAAACCUGGACUGAUCUCCCUGGGUGGAGGCAUACCGUCGAGCGAGUACUUUCCAUUCGAGGAACUCUCCGUCAAGGUCCCCGCCAGAGGUCACUUCUCCGAAGAGGAAACGCGAAAGACCGGAGUGACACUCACAGCAGGAAAACACGAUCUAGCAAACGGCAAAUCCAUCUUUGACAUAUCCACAGCUUUCAACUAUGGCCAGGGCGCCGGCUCAGCCCAACUCCUACGAUGGUUGACCGAGCACACCGAACUCGUACACGAUCUCCAGUACGAGGACUGGGCCUGCACCAUGAACGUUGGCAGUACCUCUGGCCUUGAAGCUGCAUUCCGCAUGUUCACGCGUCCCGGUGAUAUGAUUCUAUCCGAAAUCUACACCUUCGCCGCUGCCGUCGAUUGUGCGACUCCCCUAGGGCUCCGCGUCGCCGGCAUUCCCAUGGACGACGAAGGCCCUCUUCCAGAAGCCAUGGACGACAUCCUCGCCAACUGGGACACAUCAGCGAGGGGCGCCCGCAAACCACGACUCUUCUACACCGUCCCAACAGGCCAGAACCCCACAGGUUGCACACAACCAGCCUCCCGCCGCAAAGCGCUCUACAAAGUCUGCCAGAAACACGACAUCUACAUCAUCGAAGACGAACCAUACUACUUCCUCCAAAUGCAGCCGUACACGGGCCAAAACAGCCCAGACGUCCCACCCCCAGCCUCGCACGAAGAAUUCCUCAAAUCCCUCGUGCCAGGGUACCUCUCCUUCGACACCGACGGCCGCGUCAUGCGCCUCGACUCCUUCUCCAAAGUCCUCAGUCCAGGCUCUCGCACGGGCUGGGUAACAGCAUCCCAGCAAAUCGUCACCGCGUACGCAAAAGCCGCAGACCUCUCCACGCAGAACCCCUCGGGCAUGUCGCAGCUCGUGCUCUUCAAGCUGCUCGACGAGCACUGGGGCCACGGCGGCUACUUUGACUGGCUGAUCCACAUCCGCAUGUCGUAUACCGCGCGCCGCGACUCCAUCCUCGCCGCUUGCGAGAAACAUCUGCCCCCUGACGUCGUGAGCUGGAAUCCGCCCAUGGCUGGCAUGUUUUCGUGGCUCAAAGUCGAUUUCACGAAACAUCCUGAUUAUCCGGCCGAGUCGAUUGAAGGUAUUCAGGAUAAAAUCUUCCUUGGGAAUGUGGACCAUGGCGUGCUUUUGAUGCCUGGGAGUUGGUUCUAUGCGAAUGCAGAGGACGAGCAUGAUACGCUGUUUUUUAGGGCGACGUAUGCGGCGGCGCCUGCCGAGAAGAUUGAGGAGGCUAUUCGGAGGUUUGGAGAGUCGAUUAGAAAGGAGUUUAAGUUGUAA